AUGUCUUCCGCAGCUCUCCACGGCACCAACAGUGCUUCCGGCGCCAAUGGCGAGGUGGACAUCAAGAACUUGGGUCACGUCGAAACCCCCAAAGUCCAAGGGACAUGGACCGUCGAAAAGGCUCUUGAAAUAUCCCCGGGCACCGCAGGACCUGCGGACGCCGGCUCACCGCUCCCUUACUUCCAUCUGAUUGAGCGCCUCAAGACAACCAAGCGGGAAGGUUGGCGCCGCUUCGGCAUCGCAAGAGGAGAAUCCAUCGCCGACCACAUGUACCGCAUGUCCCUUUUAUCGAUGCUCGCCCCGCCCGCCCUUGCGCCCCGUCUCGAUCUCGCGCGAUGCAUGAAGAUGUGUCUGAUACACGACAUGGCCGAGUCUCUGGUUGGAGACAUCACACCCGUCGAUGGCGUGGCGAAGCCCGAGAAGAACAGACGUGAGGCGGAGACGAUGGACUAUAUUACCAAGAACCUUCUCGGCAGUGUCUACGGCGGUAUCCCAGGUGCCGAGAUUCGUGAGAUCUGGCAAGAGUACGAGGAUUCCCAGACUCUCAACAGCCACUACGUACACGAUCUGGACAAAAUGGAGCUGCUUCUCCAGAUGAUGGAGUAUGAGAAGCGAGGGCAGGGCAAACUUGACUUGGGCGAAUUCGCAUACGUCGCGACCAAAUUCAUGUUGCCCGAGACCAAGGAAUGGGCGGACGCUCUGCUCAAGGAGCGCGAGCAUUUCUGGGGCACCCAGCAGCACGUCCACGGUGAGGAUGGUAUCGAAGGCGGUGUCCAGGAAGACCGGCGACAGCAGCAAGAUGAUUACUACGAGCGCAAAUGA